UACAAAUAAGAUUGCUUCACUGUAGUUACACAACUAAUGUGGGACCAUGGCCUUUCCAAGAUCCGUGUGGCUGAACUAUGUAUGGAGAGCGAUGAUAGUCCGCCUGUUACACGUGGGAUUGAAUGCCACUUUUGCUCUUUGUACACUUGGAUUUUUGCUUCACGCUGCAGCUGUGUCCUCCCAAAAAUUGGAUGAUACCAACCCAGUGGUGACCACCAACUUUGGCAAGAUAAGAGGGAUUAAGAAGGAACUUAAUAAUGAAAUUUUGGGGCCUGUUAUUCAGUUUCUUGGGGUUCCAUACGCUGCCCCUCCAACAGGGGAGCGCCGCUUCCAACCUCCUGAGCCUCCGUCUCCCUGGGCAGAUAUCAAAAAUACCACUCAGUUUGCUCCAGUGUGUCCCCAGAACAUUAUAGAAGGCAGGUUGCCUGAAGUCAUGCUUCCCGUGUGGUUUACUAAUAACUUGGAUGUAGUUUCCACCUAUGUACAAGAUCAGAGUGAAGACUGCCUCUAUUUAAAUAUCUAUGUCCCAACCGAGGAUGGUCCCCUUACAAAGAAACAGACAGAUGAUUUAGGUGAUAAUGACGGUGCUGAAGAUGAAGACAUUCGGGACAGUGGGGGACCUAAGCCUGUGAUGGUGUAUAUUCACGGAGGGUCCUACAUGGAAGGCACUGGAAAUUUAUAUGAUGGCAGUGUUCUAGCAAGUUAUGGGAAUGUGAUAGUCAUCACAGUCAACUAUCGCCUUGGGGUACUUGGAUUUUUGAGCACUGGGGACCAAGCAGCAAAAGGAAACUACGGCCUCCUGGAUCUAAUUCAAGCUUUGCGAUGGACUAGUGAAAAUAUUGGGUUCUUUGGUGGUGACCCAUUAAGAAUAACUGUUUUUGGAUCUGGUGCAGGCGGUUCAUGCGUCAAUCUGUUGACUUUAUCCCAUUAUUCUGAAGGUAACCGUUGGAGCAAUUCAACCAAAGGACUUUUUCAAAGAGCAAUAGCUCAAAGUGGAACAGCUCUCUCCAGCUGGGCAGUUAGUUUUCAACCUGCAAAAUACGCCAGGAUGUUGGCUACAAAAGUUGGUUGCAACAUGUCAGACACUGUAGAGUUGGUAGAAUGUCUACAGAAGAAGCCUUAUAGAGAACUUGUUGACCAGGACAUUCAACCAGCAAGAUACCAUAUAGCCUUUGGACCAGUAAUUGAUGGUGAUGUGAUACCAGAUGAUCCUCAGAUAUUGAUGGAACAAGGAGAAUUUCUCAAUUACGACAUAAUGUUGGGAGUUAACCAAGGGGAAGGCUUAAAAUUUGUUGAAAAUAUUGUGGAUAGUGAAGAUGGCAUAUCAGCCAGUGAUUUUGACUUUGCAGUUUCUAAUUUUGUUGAUAACUUAUAUGGAUAUCCUGAAGGAAAAGAUAUAUUGAGGGAAACUAUCAAAUUUAUGUACACGGACUGGGCAGAUCGACACAAUCCUGAGACCAGAAGGAAAACAUUGCUGGCUUUGUUUACUGAUCACCAGUGGGUUGCACCAGCAGUGGCUACAGCAGAUCUUCACUCAAAUUUCGGGUCACCUACAUAUUUCUAUGCCUUCUACCACCAUUGCCAGACAGAUCAGGUACCUGCAUGGGCAGAUGCAGCUCAUGGAGAUGAGGUUCCUUACGUACUAGGAAUUCCCAUGAUUGGUCCUACUGAAUUAUUUCCUUGUAAUUUCUCCAAAAAUGAUGUCAUGCUAAGUGCAGUGGUGAUGACGUACUGGACAAACUUUGCAAAAACUGGUGACCCAAAUCAACCGGUGCCACAAGAUACAAAAUUCAUUCAUACGAAACCAAAUCGUUUUGAAGAAGUAGCAUGGACCAGAUAUUCUCAGAAAGACCAACUGUAUCUUCACAUUGGAUUAAAACCACGAGUGAAAGAACAUUAUAGGGCCAAUAAAGUGAACCUGUGGUUGGAACUGGUACCUCAUCUGCACAAUCUUAACGACAUUUCACAGUAUACCUCUACCACAACUAAAGUGCCAUCAACUGAUAAUACUUUCAGGCCAACAAGGAAAAAUUCUGUUUCUGUUACUUCAGCCUUUCCUACAGCCAAACAAGAUGAUCCCAAGCAACAGCCGAGCCCGUUUUCAGUGGAUCAAAGGGACUAUUCAACAGAGUUGAGUGUUACCAUUGCAGUUGGUGCAUCUUUGCUGUUCCUGAACAUUUUGGCCUUUGCAGCACUGUACUACAAAAAAGACAAACGGAGACAUGAUGUUCAUAGGAGAUGUAGCCCACAACGUACUACUACCAAUGAUCUUACCCAUGCACAAGAAGAGGAGAUAAUGUCCCUCCAAAUGAAGCACACUGACUUGGAUCAUGAAUGUGAGUCCAUCCAUCCACAUGAGGUGGUUCUUAGGACCGCCUGUCCCCCAGACUACACGCUAGCUAUGAGAAGGUCUCCUGAUGAUAUUCCCUUAAUGACACCCAACACCAUCACGAUGAUUCCCAACACUAUACCAGGGAUUCAGCCCCUACACACAUUCAAUACAUUUACUGGAGGACAGAACAAUACUCUGCCCCAUCCUCAUCCCCAUCCCCAUUCACACUCAACAACCAGGGUAUAGCCAGACAAGACGAAACAAACUUUAUUUUUUGAUGGAUUACAGUAGGUGAUAAUACUGAAGAUUACUUGGCUUUCAACCUACAAGACUCUUACUAUUUAAAUAUGGAGGAAUAUUAUGUGAAUAUACAUAUCAAGAACUUUGGGGGUUUUGAAAAAAAAUGAAUUGUACAUAUAUCAAAUGAACUUAAGAAACAAACAAAAAACAACAAAAAAAACAAAAACCCAACUGUUUGCAAUUGCUUGAAGCAGUUGUCCUGAAUGAUACUUUUUCAUUCACAUUCAAGUAUUAAUUUUUUGAAGAUUUAAGUUACGUAAUGGAAUUAGGCAUGUGCAACACAAACAGGAAAGAACUAUGACUGAAAUUUAAAAUACCUAUAAAUAUGCACAAGGGACACACUAAUGGAAUGUCAGAUAAUUGUCACCAAUUUUUAUUUGGACCUGUUUUAUUGUGUAGACCAUAUUUACAUAUUGAAUAAGUACACAAAGCACCAAUGCUGUUAAGGCCUUAGAAGGGGGCUCAUGCUGAAAUCUGCCAGUCAGACAAAGAAGUUUUACAGCUUGGCAGGUACAACAUUAUCACAUAAGUGCUGUCAGUAUAAAAGUUGUGGGAAUAAAGGAAACUGGAUAUUUUUAGCACGAUGUGCAUGAUAAUUUAUAUGCUUGGUGGCUGUGCUGCUGAUUAAGCCGUAAUUAAAAUUCUUUUCAUCCCAUUGGAGUUUUUAAUAGAAGCUUUCUCCAUCAAUUGGCACAACCUAAAGAAGAUUUUUAAAGGGACAAAAGUAAUUACAGUAAAAUAUUUCACAGUAGCUUCAGUAAUAAAAGGAAAUGCAAUAGUUCUUAAAGGUAUCUGAUGGUGUUCUAGGUAUACAGCGGUGAACACUUGCUAAUAUGAAUCCCAGAAAAGAAUUCCAUAUUGUUCUUAUUCUUUUUCUUUUCCACCUAAAUAAUUUCUAACUUCAACAUAACUUUAAUGGAAUCUCCUUUGAUGAAAUAUUUAUAAUUUGCUGUUACAAUAUAUUCAGUUCAAAUUGGUAGGGUAAAGUGUGUCCAAAGAUUUAAUUGCGAUGAUAUUUUGCCAUAUCAAGAUGCGCCAGUAUUACCACUCUGAUUACAGCUCUCAGUUUAUUGUUUAAACUCAUGUUGCAUGUGACAAAGUUUACUCAUAACACUUUAAUAUAAAGUUAGUUCCCUUUCUUGCUGUACGUUAGCUUUGCCAUUCAAAUGAACUCACUAGACAAGAUCGCAACAGCGUAGUUAAAGAAGGUACGUAAGGAUGGGGGGAGAGCCAACAACCGGAAAUUUUACAAUCUGAAUACUAUGUAUGUUUGUGUGAUUUUAAAUGAAUGUUCAAAAAGUCACAGGAAAUUUUUCAUUCCCCUGUUGCUUUCCAGUAAUUAUAUACCACGAUCCUUUCAAAACGUUUGUAUAUGUAAUCAGAUGUACAUUUAUAUAAAAGAAAUAAUUGAGAUGGACUUAAGAGCACAUCCCUGAUAAAUACUU